AAAUGUUUGGAGAUUGAAGAUGCCCUGAUGGAGCAAAACCGGGAGCUCGAAAGCAAAAUUGAAUCACUGGAGUCGAUAAUGAGGAUGCUUGAACUGAAAGCCAAAAAUGCCUCAGAUCAUGCUGCUCGGCUGGAGGAAAGGGAAGCGGAUCAGAAAGCAGAAUUUGAUAAGCUUCAUGAGCGAUAUAACGUACUGCUGAGGACACAUAUUGACCACAUGGAACGAACAAAGUAUCUUAUGGGGACAGACAAAUUUGAAAUGAUGCAAAGUCUGCCGUUACCUUCGCAGCAACUAAGAACCAAGUGA